CGCAGUGCGUCGUGUGAGCUCCACUCCCGUGCAGUACAUUGACUGUUUUUGUAUUGCUUGUGAGGGUCGUUUCUAUUUUGGUUCAGUACUGGAUAUUUUUUUUUUUUUAAUAUCUAUAUAAAAUCGCCUCGCCUAUUACACGGCACACGGCAAGAUGAGCAAGCGAAAAGCCCCGCAGGAGAGUCCGAACGAAGGCAUUACUGAUUUCCUGACAGAGCUGGCCAAUUACGAGCGGAAUGUGAACAGAGCGAUCCACAAGUACAACGCAUACAGGAAAGCUGCCUCUGUUAUCUCCAAGUACCCGGACAAGAUAAAGAAUGGAAACGAAGCCAAGAAGCUGGAUGGUGUUGGUGCGAAGAUAGCAGAGAAGAUCGAUGAGUUUCUGUCCACCGGGAAGCUCCGGAAAAUCGAGAAGAUCCGCAACGAUGACACCAGCUCUUCAAUCAACUUCCUCACCAGAGUGACAGGCAUUGGGCCCGCUGCAGCCCGCAAGUUUGUGGAGGAGGGAGUGAAGACCCUGGACGAUCUGAAGAAGAUUGAACACAAGCUCAACCAUCAUCAGCAGAUUGGCCUCAAGUAUUUUGAGGAUUUUGAGAAGAGAAUCCCCAGAGCUGAGAUGCUGAAGAUGCAGGACCUCAUUCUGAGCGAGCUGGAGAAGCUGGAUCCAGAGUACAUUGGCACCGUCUGCGGCAGCUUCAGGAGAGGUGCAGAGUCGAGUGCAGUUGAUAUCCAGUGUAUGCACCCUAACCUCCCGGGGCUGCUUUUUGUUUUCCAGCCCAAGCUGCUGCAUGCGAUCGUGGAUCACCUGCAAGGGACUGGCUUCAUCACCGACACUCUGUCCAAGGGGGAGACCAAGUUCAUGGGGGUGUGCAAGCUGUCAGAUGAUGAUGAGGGCUCCGACUACCUCCACCGCAGAAUUGAUAUUAGAUUGAUCCCCAAGGAUCAGUAUUACUGCGGCGUUCUGUACUUCACUGGCAGCGACAUCUUCAACAAGAACAUGCGGACCCACGCCUUGGAGAAGGGCUUCACUCUGAACGAGUACACCAUCCGCCCGCUGGGGGUCACGGGCGUGGCCGGCGAGCCUCUCCCAGUGGACAGUGAGCAGGACAUCUUUGAGUACAUCGAGUGGAGAUACCGUGAGCCUAAGGACCGCAGCGAGUGAUUGUCCAGCAGCGUCCAGCCCCCACUGACCAAGAAACAAAGUGGGGUGUGCGAGGAUUGCAUUGCUGAGUGGGUGGGGGUUUAGGGUUAGCAUCAAGAGUGUUGAUUUCUGCACAACUCAAAUUUAUCUUGAACAAUAAUCCAUCCUAAUCCUUUCUAAUUAAAGCCUUAGGAAGUCCUUCAUAUUUUAUCAUUUUUAAAUGUUAUUUUAAUAAGCAGUCUGUGGUGCUGCCAUCUGGUUACGAGUCUGAGAGCAGCGUGGGAGUGCCAGGUAUGUGCAGUAUAUACAAACAGGCCCCCUGCUGGCUGAUUACAGUAAUUACACUGCUGUUGUAGAAGCGUUAUAUUGCCUUUUCAUUAUCACCUGGCCGAGAUCAAAUGAUGUUAAAAUUAAUUACAAAGCCAGACUCCCAGCCUACCCAUUGAAUUAGGAUUGUGAUCUUAUUUAUUUAACAAGUUACCAUGAAGAAAGAAAGGCAGGCAGAAUUUAGGAACCCUUCUUGUGUUCAGAGUUGGCCUCUUUCCUCUCAGUUCCAUCUCUUCCUCUCAGCUCUGAGUAAGAUACAGGCAGGAAGACUGGGUGUUAGUUGAGGGGGCACCCCAAUAAAAUUCCAUCAACACA